GUCAUCUAUUUAUAUUCAAAUCUACUUGACAGCCUUCCCAGGUUCACUCUUGCAACCAUGUCUGACGCCGAGAUCGAGAUCGAGCAGAAGCGCGAGGAAGAUGAGCGCCUCGAUACCGCAGAGGACCCGAAUGAGGAGGAAGAGAUCUCCGCGAUGAGACGCCGCGUGCAAGAGAUGGAGGAGGAAGCUCAGAAGCUGCGCCAGAUGCAGCAGUCGCUCGACAACGAGCGCCAUGAGAUGCGCGAAAGCAAGGAAGAUGUUGAUUCGCGCAGCGUCUUCGUCGGCAACGUGGAUUAUGGGGCCAGCCCCGAGGAGAUUCAGGCGCAUUUCCAGAGCGUUGGGAGCAUUAACCGUGUGACUAUACUGCUGGACAAGUUCACCGGACACCCCAAAGGGUACGCGUAUGUGGAGUUCACUGAACCCAGUCUGGUCAAUCAGGCCUUAGUUCUCGAUAACAGCCAAUUCCGCAGCAGACAGCUGAAGGUCGUCCCCAAGCGCACCAACCUUCCCGGUGGUGGCGGUUACGGUGGACGUGGCUCGCCAUACGGACGAGGCGGAUAUGGAGGUGGCGGUGCUGGUGGUGGCGGCGGCGGCGGCUACGGUGCUCCAAGAGGAGGCGGUUACCGUGGUGGAUAUCGCGGCAGCCGAGGAGGAUCUCAGUACCGCCCAUACUAG